AUGAGAUUUCGUAAAAAUUCUCGUUCUGAAAACAAAGCGGAAGAUAUCUCUCUUUUUGAUGAAAAGUUGGAAGCCGAGAGCAUGAAGGUUGCUUGCGAAGAAAAAGUGAAGAGAGAAGCAGAGGACGAUGAUAAAUGCAUGAGUUUCACUCAAAAAUGCAUUGCCUACUGUUUUGGCUUUGUUGAUGUUCUGCUUCAUACGAUGUUGAUUUUUGGUUGGAGUGCGCUUACUGCCUUGUAUAAGAAAGAAAACUACUACAGAGACGCGUGUGUUGCAGAUGAAGACGUUUGUGCGUCACAAAAUGCUAAGAUUUCCCAAAUCAUGGUCUAUUCUGCGUCAUUUGCAGGAAUCAUCAUCUUCGGCCUUGGAGUGAUUCGAGAUUAUCUGGGCCCGGGUCUUUCGUUGAUCGCUACUAAAUUGACCCUCGCGCUUGGGUACCUUCUCAUGUGGCAAGCAGUUCCGGGAGAAAGUGAUAACUUGUUGUAUGGCUGGGUUUUUCAGUACGGGUCUGCAGUUACCCUGAUGAUCGGCAUUUUACCGAAUUCUCGCCUUUUCGAGUGGUCCUUGUUUCUCAUAACUGUAAAUACUCUUGGUGCAAAUUUAAGCCAAUUCAUGGGACAAGUGUGGGAGCUCGUUUGCGACAACACAGAUCUGACUUCGCGAGAUCUUUCCCUCAUCUGGGCAUGCUUGAUACUGUUUUCCAUCGUUACUGGAGCACUGUUUCUUCCUUGGUACACAGUCACAACCGAAACAAGAGCUGGCCGGACAUUUCUUUCUGUUUUCCGAUCGGGCGACAGUUGGAUCGAGAAAACAGACACUUCUCCUGUGCAAAACUUCAAAACAACGCUUGCUUGUCUGGCCUCGCCCGUUUACAUCUCUUCCGUCUUGCUUUUCUCCGUUGGGAACUUCAUCUCGCACAUGAGUCUUUCCCUCAUCAAUGACUUCAUCUACGAUCGAAAAGAAGUGAUUGAAGAUUCUGGCAGCACAUACGAAGAUUACCUGAGCUAUUUCAACAUCACCAAGACUGUAAUCAACACGGCUGCUUCGCCUGUUCUCGGAUUCGCCAUGCAGUACUUGCGCGACAAAUACAACAAGGAAAAAUACGAUGAAAGACUGAUCCAACUUGUCUGGCCGUAUAUUCUCUUUAUGCUUUCGUUGGUACUCAUGGCCGUUGGGGUUUUUCAAUCAUCUGUGGGAAGUCUUUGGCUGGUUUUUAUUUCCCUAUCUUUUGUCAUGCGAAUCGGGUACUUUUACGAACUAUUCAGGGAAAUGCUCUCAAACCAAGUCGAGUCUUUCUAA